AGUCCUUGAAAGCGUCCCAGACACAGGACGGCCUGUGGCUAGAAGAGAAGGUGAAGGAGCUGAGACAUGGAGAACAACCCAGCACCAACUGGCAGAAAUCUGAUCAAUAAAGCAACCUUCAGGAGAAACUUCCGUAACAAACAUAAGAACCAAACAUACCUGUGCUACGAGGUGGAGGUCUGGAAGGACGGUAAAUGGACCAAAGUGAAGAAGUACCAGGGCUUUCGGCGCAAACUGACAUACAAGGAACCCCGUCAUAAAGAGUCGUGCUGGCUGGUGGAUAACAAUGGCCGGAGACGCGGCCCUUAUGCAGAGUUGUCCUUCCUGGAUCUGUUCCAGUCUUGGAACCUGGAUAGGGGGAGGCAGUACAGACUCACCUGGUACAUGUCCUGGAGCCCUUACCCUGACUGUGCCCAGAAACUGGUGGAAUUCCUGGGUGAGAACAGCCAUGUGACACUGCGCAUCUUCGCUGCUGACAUCCAUUCCCUAUGCAGUGGAUAUGAGGAUGGGCUGCGCAAGCUGCGGGACGCUAGGGCCCAACUCGCCAUCAUGACCCGCGACGAGCUCCAGUACUGCUGGGUCACCUUCGUGGACAACCAGGGCCAGCCAUUCAGGCCCUGGCCUAACCUGGUAGAACACAUUAAAACCAAAAAGCAGGAGCUGAAGGACAUUCUCGGGAAUCAGGGAAACUGAAGGACGGACUCAAUCUUUCUAAACAGUCGGAGUCUUCUGGUGAAUGACGCAUAAAACACUUUCUUCAAGAAAUGAAAACCCAUCACGUGCCGCAUCUCCAACUUGAUCCAAAGAAACCAGCAAAAGACAACGAAGGAGCUCAUAAGGAAUUUUUUAUAAUUCUUGUUGAUUUGCUUUUCAUUUAAAAUCUAUGAUAUGUUCCAAAUAUACACCAGUAAUAUUCUAUUUGUUAUCAGAAUCAUUUUUAUAUUUAGAAAAUUAAUUAUUUACAUUGAUUUUAAAUCCAAAAGAAUAAGAUGAAAGUUUAAGAAUCUCCCACACAAUGCUUUUUCCUCUGUAAGUGCUUCAUGAAGUCCAAACAGUUCAAUAAACACCUGCAGAAGUGAA